GCUGCUGGGGGUGUGUAUGUAUGUGUGUGUGUGUGUGUAUGUGUGUGUGCAGCUUUAAGAAAGAGGCGUAUGGCUGAGAAAUGACGCAGGAAUGUUAAUGAGUAACUCUUGAAGAAAAAAAAAAAAGUCUUCCUCAGUGCACCAUGUGUGGUAAGAGGGGCUUGGCUGCCACACUAUUUAAACAGAGGAACAAGGGGAAUCAUUAAGAUCAAACAGAAGAUGCUCCAUCACUGAGAGAGAGGGAGAGAAAGAGAGAGAGAGAGAGUGCAGGCUGUUACCUUAGAGAACCUUAAACAAUAAGGGGGGCAAAAAAAACUGAUUUAAGAAAAUUAUUUUUUGAAACUGAAUCAUAAUAAGAGUUACAUUUUGUAACAAUUUUUUUUAUUCUCUGUCUAGGACGUACAGAGCGGCUAGAUUCAGGAAUCCCCAGGGGAUAGGUACAGGAUUAACAUUAUUUUGAUUUUUUUUUUCUUUAAGGAUGUCCUCUUUCCCAUUGUUUAGCGUUUUUUUGGUGACUUUGCUUGUUUUAACAGAAAGCAACCCACUGGAUGAAGACGAUAUAAGCAUGUUAGUGAUUUUGCCCAAGGAUAAUUCCUAUAUGUUUUCAAUUAAUAGGGUUGAACCUGCUAUUGCAUAUGCCCUGAAAUCCAUAAAGGAGAACGAUACGUUACUGCCAGGAGUACAUUUCAAUGUCACGUAUAAGAACUCCGAUUGCGGGAACAUGGCAUUGUUCAGCCUUGUAGACACGGCGUUACAUCUGCAGAAACCCGACGUGAUCCUUGGUCCCGUGUGUGAGUAUGCUGCGGCCCCCGUGGCCAGGCUGGCCUCACAUUGGAAUAUUCCCAUGAUUUCGGCCGGCGCGCUUGCAGCAGCUUUCACGCACAAGGCUGAAGAAUACGCGCAUCUCACCAGAGUGUCACCUGCUUACUCCAAGAUGGGCGAGAUGUUCCUUGCCAUGUUCAAAUACCACCAGUGGGACAGGGCAAUGCUCCUCUACAGCGACGACAACAUGGAACGCAACUGCUACUUCACCAUGGAAGGGGUUCACCUUAGCUUUAAGGAGGAAGGUUAUUCCAUGUCAGUCCAGAACUUCGAUGACACAAAACACGUGGAUGCAGAAGAAAUCGUGCGCUCCAUAAAGAGUAAAGAGGAAAGAGUGGUGAUAAUGUGUGCCAGGGGAGACACUGUCAGGAACAUCAUGUUAGCCGCACAUCGGCAAGGAAUGACAAGCUGUAACUACGUCUAUUUCAACAUCGAGCUCUUUAACAGCUCAACCUAUGGAAAUGGCUCAUGGAAGAGAGGAGAUAAGUACGACGCUGAAGCUAAACAAGCAUACUCAUCCCUUCAAACAGUUACACUACUCAGGACUGUGAAACCAGAGUUUGAGAAGUUUUCCAUUGAGGUGAAGAGUUCGGUUGAAAAAAUUGUACAUAACGAAGACGACUACGUCAAUAUGUUUGUGGAAGGCUUCCAUGACGGCAUUAUUCUUUAUGCCCUGGCUUUACACGAAAUACUUAAGAGUGGAUUCAGCAAGAAGGAUGGAGAGAAACUUGUCCAUCGGAUGUGGAACAGAACCUAUGAAGGUAUCGCCGGACCUGUGUCUAUCGAUGCCAAUGGGGAUCGAUACGGGGAUUUUUCAGUCAUUGCGAUGACAGAUCCAGAAGCAGGUACACAGGAGGUCAUCGGAGACUAUUAUGGAAUUCAAGGACAUUUUGAAAUGCGGCCAAAUGUAAAGCUUCCUUGGGGUCACGGGAGAUUAAAAAUUGAGUACCCCAAAAUGGAUCAAGGAAAUACAUGUAAAUCCUGUGGCCUGGGUGAAUCGGCAGUAACAGGAAUUGUCGUCGGUGCCUUUUUGGGAACUGGAUUGUUAAUGACAUUCUACUUUUUUAGGCAAAAAUACAGAAUAACAAUUGAGAGACGAAAUCGGCAAGAUGACAUCGGGAAACACAGACAGCUUCGCGAAGAUUCCAUUAGAUCCCAUUUUUCAGCAGCGUAAAGGAACGUGAGCGCUUUCUUUAUAAAGAAGCAACCAAAGACAUCAGUGUAUCCGACGGGGCACAAAUAGAAGCUUCUUCAGUGCAGUAGAAUCAUAUUAUUGUUUUAUUUUUAUCAGAAACUCAGGAAUGAUUUACUAAUCAUAUUAUGCCACAUGGCCUUUCAUCUUGUGAAAAAAAAGAAACGCAAACUAAUGCUUAUGAAAGUGUAUAAAA